AUGCCUCUGACCCUGAACUCUUGUUUAUUAUUUAUUUUUGUUUUAAGUUCUGCAGGAAAAUUGUUUCCAAAUAUGGAAACUAAAUUGAUAUCAUUUGAAUUAGGAUAUAAUGAACCUGGAGAAUUGUGCGUUCGAGGACUGGACAUUAUGAAAGAAUUAAUUAAUUGCAAAGGAUUCCAAGUAGCUCCAGUAGAACUUGAAGCUAUUCUUCUUGAUCAUCCUGUUGUAUCGGAUGCUGCAGUGACAGGAGUAGAAUUUGAAGAAAAAACUACUGAAUAUCUGGUAGCUUAUGUUACACUUCAAGAAGAUUACAAAAAAACUCCUCAAUUAGCAUCCGAAAUAUAA